AUGCCCACAUCGUCCGUCCUCUCUGAAUUCACAUUCCACAACCUAGGUCCCCUAACAACGACCUGGACAGCCCCAGCCAGCUGCGCCACUUCAGUAGGCGACGUGAGAAUAGGAAUCACUCAGCGCCCAGGACAGUAUUUGUACGGCGCAAGCUGCCAAGUCAAAGACUUCAGCUGCGUUCCAACGGGUACAUCCACCGAUCCAGCACUAGCGACCAACCUAAACCCGACGAAUCUAUUCCAAGACGCAUAUUUCUCACCGGGUCUGUACUGUCCAUCUGGAUGGACGACUGCCGGCCUUGCUUCGCGGAAGGGAACCGCAUCGGUGACUUGGUCUGGCCUUUUUAGUCCUUCCGCUAUACCGACGAGUGUUGACGGGGGUAUUUUCAAUGAACCCGCAAAUGUGCUUAUGCAACUCUUGGAUCCGAGCGAGACGGCGAUGAUUUGUUGCCCGAGUUCCAUGACCGCAGGCCCAUUCAUUGGAUGCUACUCAACCCUACCAGACUACAAGUUUACCACCGGCUGCGAGAACGGGAUUCCCCCCGCAGAUAUUUCAGCAGUCGACCGCACAUUCUGGUUCGACGGGCAGACGAUUGAAGCUAGUAUCUACACGCUUGUGGGCACUGUCCCUCUUACUCAUACCUUAGCCGUCAUUUUCGAGCCAAGUUAUACGAGCACUCUCGUCGCAUACUCGGUUCUGCCUUUCGUGACGAUGAUUCAUAAACCGGCUGAUUAUACGGCUACUGCGACGGCGGCGGCUACGUCUAAUGCUGCGGUAAGAUUGUCAUCUACGACGGGAUCGUGGGAUGUCAUGGGUCUUUUCUUUGCUGUGACUGUUUUGAGUAUGGUCCUCGGGGCUGCUAUUAUCUUGGUUUAG